CGAUGCCCUGCCACUUUAGAAGCUCCAUGUAUGCUCUUCCACAAUAAACACAUACUCAGACACAAGACAUAACGCUUAAGCUCAGACUUCACUCAGAACUAAAAUUAAAGCUCGUCAGUGACCACAACAGUCUAAAACAUUCUACACCCAACCUGCGACGACGAAAUGGCGCUCGCUGCGCCUCUGGACGACCAUGUCCUCAAUGGAUCGCAACCAAAGAAAGUCGCAUAUUUCUAUGAUUCAGAUGUUGGAAACUACUCAUACGUAUCGGGACAUCCGAUGAAGCCGCAUCGUAUACGAAUGGCUCACAGUUUGAUCAUGAACUACGACCUGUAUAAAAAAAUGGAGAUAUAUCGCGCGAAGCCGGCCUCAAAAUUUGAGAUGACGCAGUUCCAUACCGAUGAAUAUGUCGAGUUUCUGCAAAAGGUUACCCCAGACAACAUGGACAGCUACUCCAAAGAGCAAGGAAAAUACAACGUGGGAGACGACUGCCCUGUGUUCGAUGGCUUGUUUGAGUUUUGCGGUAUCAGUGCUGGUGGAAGCAUGGAAGGUGCCGCUCGCUUGAACAGAGGCAAAUGCGACGUCGCCAUAAACUGGGCCGGUGGUCUGCAUCACGCGAAAAAGGCUGAAGCGAGUGGAUUCUGCUACGUAAACGACAUUGUCCUUGGAAUCAUCGAGCUUCUCCGCUUCAAGCAGCGGGUUCUCUAUAUCGACAUCGACGUGCACCACGGUGAUGGUGUUGAAGAGGCGUUCUACACGACCGACCGUGUUAUGACGGUGUCAUUCCAUAAAUACGGAGAAUACUUCCCAGGUACUGGAGAGCUUCGCGACAUUGGUGUCGGCAAUGGCAAAUACUACUCCGUCAACUUCCCACUCAGGGAUGGUAUUACGGAUGAGACGUACAAAGGAGUAUUUGAACCAACCAUCAAGGCUGUAAUGGACUAUUACAAACCUGAAGCCAUUGUCUUACAAUGUGGGGGCGACAGCUUGUCGGGAGACCGACUGGGUUGCUUCAACUUGAGUAUGAGAGGCCAUGCAAACUGCGUCAACUAUGUCAAGAGCUUCAACUUGCCAACCCUGGUGCUCGGUGGUGGUGGCUAUACUAUGAGAAAUGUUGCGCGAACGUGGGCAUAUGAGACUGGCCAGCUCGUCGGACACGAAAUGGGCCACGAUCUACCAUACAAUGACUACUACGACUACUUCGGGCCAGACUUCCAACUCGAUGUUCGUCCAUCGAACAUGGACAACGCAAAUUCUCGCGAAUAUCUGGAAAAGAUACUAACAAAUGUCAUCGAAAACUUGAGACGCACGGGCGACCCGUCUGUGCAAAUGCAAGACGUUCCCCGCUCCCCAAUGGUGCCGGGUAUGGAUGACGAGGCCGACGAUGCAAUGGACGAUAUGGACGCUGAUGCCAACCCGGAUGUACGAUAUACCGAGCGUCGAUGGGAUAAACACACGACUAAAGAUGGCGACCUUUCCGAAAGCGACGAUGAAGAGCAAGCGAGCCGCGCCGGGGUGCGACGUCAACCCGGCCGCCCACGAAGACGUAACAUUAUGGAUUAUCAGAACGUCAACGCAGUCCCAGAUAUCGAGAGCGCAAAUGCAACUCCAACGCGGAGCAUUAACGGCGAUGCCAGUGGACGGAACACAAAAAAUGCUUCCCCGGCCGCCGAUGCAUCACGUGCGUCCUCAGCAAGACCCGCGGCCAAUGGAACCGGCUCAUUAAAGAGUUCGCCUGCUCCUGGGGACGAAGACGUUGAUAUGGAUGACGACGAACAUGAUGCCGACGAGGAAGACGGUGAGGACGAAGAUGUCAAGCCCUCAGCCGCCGCAAGUCCAUCAGCUGCUGGCCCCUCGGCCGGUGACUCAAACGCAGCGGCAGCAGUACGGACACGAACGAGCUCACCCCAACAAGAAUCUGCUCCCGGCUUCUCCGCUGUCACCCCUCCCGACUCACCGCAAGACACGAUCGCCGUGGCACCAGCCACAUCUGCGACGGCCAACGGUGAAGCUUCCGCACAAACUUCAGAAGACCAGCCAGGUGUUCAGCCCACUGCUGAUACCAAGGAUAUCGAAAAAGAAGACGUUGAGAUGAAGGAAGAGGAUGAACCCGAGGUCCAGAAGGAGGAAGGACUCGAAGAGAGGCAGGAACAGGACGAGACAGCAGAAAAGAAGGCAGAAAUCGUCACGGAGCAGGAGCGGUGAUGCAAACAUGCGUGCAGAGUUGGCUAUGUGACGGAGGAAUUCUUGAUAUCAUUUGACAACGGCGUAAAUUUGGCUUGUCAGGGGGCCGGUAUGUGUACAUUUGAUUGCGAGCAGGGCGCCGUUUGAGUAGUAUGUUUGAUAAAAUAAUGCGGUACUCCGUCUUGGUACCUGUCAAUUGCCCCAUGUACGGAUCCACCUGCGAGAAUUGGUAUUGUCGACUAGGGCUGGGUUGCAUUAUAAGUGUCACUAGGUAGAAAGAGCAGCAGAAAUGUACAUCGAUACUAGAUACAAGUGAGAAGCUGCG